AAAUGUGGGCGGAAGAUGGAGAAAUGUAGAAAAUCAGGGGUAUGCUUUGAUACAAAUACUACAAAUCCCAGAUUAAGCGGAUCCCCCUGCUAUUGGCAUUUUUCAGAAUUCUCAUUCACUCUGAUUUUCCUCUCACUCUUCCGUUUUGUCUUUGUUGUUGUUGUGUGUGUGUGUGUGUCUGUAUAUAUAAACUCAACAACAGCACAAACACACACUCACUCUCUCUCUAGACUCAAUCCCCCACUCCCCCCAUCGAUCUGUACCGUCGGAUGCUUCGAAUUUUCUCUGUUUGACUUCACCCUCUCCUCUCUCUUUGCUUGUAACACUGACCUUCCCACCAUGGGCCAGUGUUACGGCAAGUCCAUCCCUACCGUUCGUGACUCUGAUGGUGCCACCAUUAAUUCCGUCACCGAUCAUCCCUUACCAGCAACUCCCGUUAACGUUCCUUCCGUUAAGAACACACCUGCUCGAUCAUCAGCUAAUAGUCCAUGGCCAAGUCCAUACCCACACGGUGUUGUAGGUGUGACUCCAUCACCAGCAAGGUCUACGCCUAGAAGGUUCUUUAAACGUCCUUUUCCACCACCAUCUCCGGCUAAACACAUCAAAGCGUCGCUAGCAAGGCGAUUUGGACAUGCCAAGGCUACUACCCCGACGGAGGGACCAAUUCCAGAGGAUGGUUGUACAGCUGAGGGGACUGAUGAUCAGUCGUUGGAUAAGAAUUUUGGAUAUAAUAAAAACUUCGGGGCUAAGUUUGAAUUGGGGAAAGAGAUCGGACGAGGGCAUUUUGGUCAUACUUGCCAUGCUAAGGGCAAGAAAGGUGACCUUAAGGACUUGCCACUUGCUGUCAAAAUCAUCUCCAAAGCAAAGAUGACAACGGCAAUAUCCAUUGAAGAUGUGCGCAGAGAAGUGAAAAUUUUGAAGGCUCUAUCAGGCCAUAAACAUCUCGUCAAAUUUUAUGAUGCUUGUGAGGAUGCUAAUAAUGUGUACAUAGCAAUGGAAUUGUGUGAGGGAGGAGAAUUACUUGACAGAAUAUUGUCAAGAGGUGGUAAAUAUUCAGAGGAUGAUGCCAAACUUAUUAUUGUUCAAAUUCUAAACGUAGUUGCAUUUUGUCAUCUCCAAGGUGUGGUCCACCGUGACCUGAAGCCUGAGAAUUUCCUAUUCACCACCCGAAAUGAAGAUGCUGAUAUGAAGCUUAUUGAUUUCGGGCUUUCUGACUUUAUAAGAACAGAUGAGAGACUUAAUGAUAUCGUGGGAAGCGCAUAUUAUGUGGCACCAGAAGUUCUCCACAGAUCUUAUAGUUUGGAAGCGGAUAUCUGGAGUAUUGGGGUGAUUACCUACAUUUUGUUAUGUGGAAGCAGACCAUUCUGGGCAAGGACCGAAUCUGGGAUUUUUCGUGCAGUAUUGAGAGCUGACCCUAACUUUGAAGACUUACCUUGGCCUUCUGUGUCCCCUGAGGCCAAGGACUUCGUAAAAAGGCUUUUAAAUAAGGACUAUCGUAAGAGGAUGACUGCUGCUCAAGCUUUGACGCAUCCAUGGUUGCGCAGUGAGAACCAUCCUAUUCCUUUGGAUAUAUUGGUCUAUAAGUUGGUGAAGUCAUAUCUGCAUGCUACACCUCUCAAACGUGCAGCACUAAAGGCUCUUUCUAAAGCUUUAACGGAAGAUGAACUGGUUUACCUAAGAGCUCAAUUUAUGCUUCUGGAACCUAGUAAAGAUGGCCGUGUCUCUCUUGAAAACUUCAGAAAGGCUCUUUCAGGCAAUGCUACUGAUGCUAUGAAGGAGUCAAAGGUGCCAGAUAUUCUGAAUGCGAUGGCAACAUUGUCAUAUAGGAAGUUGGAUUUUGAAGAGUUUUGUGCGGCUACAAUCAGCACAUAUCAAUUGGAGGCCCUCGAGGGAUGGGAGCAAAUUGCAUCAGUGGCAUUUGAACAUUUUGAGCAAGAGGGAAAUCGGCAUAUUUCAGUAGAGGAAUUGGCUAGGGAGUUGAAUGUGGGCCCAACUGCUCAUAACAUUCUCAGAGAUUGGAUAAGAAGUGACGGAAGACUCAGUUUACUUGGAUAUACCAAAUUUUUGCAUGGUGUGACUCUUCGUAGUGCACAUAUGAGACAUCAUUAGCGUGUUUUUCUCAAAUUUUUAACUUACUCUUUUGGGGUUAGUUACCUUAUCAAAAAAAAAAAAAAAAAAAACUCUUUUGGGGUUAGUGUUUGACAAAAGGAUAGAAAUGAACUGUUGAUUAAAAAAAAGGUGUUGAUGAUAUGGAAGAGAUUUUUUUCUUCUUUC